AUGGUGGCUCUUAAUAGUGAACCAAUCAGUGAUGGAAAUGCGGAAAAUAUGGCAAAAUAUCUGAUGAAGACAAUUACAGAAGCCUGCGACACCGCCAUGCCCAGGAAGCGUGCUGUGAUCCGGCUUGCUUCGAUGCAUUGGUUGAACGAGGACAUCAGAAACCUCCGCAAAAAGUAUCGUAAGGCGAGAAGAACAGCACAACGCUGUAGUAAAAGACCAAACUAUGAGGAACUGAUGGCAGUAUACAAAAAAACUCGCCAAAGACUAAACAAAGCCAUCAAAGACAGCAAAAGACGAUGUUGGAAUGAGCUGAUUCUUGAGGUAGAAGACGACCCAUGGGGCAAACCGUAUAAGAUAGAGCAAUCUGAAACAGAAGAAAUUCCACCCAUUACAGAAAAUCAGCUGUUCGAAGCAUGUUCUAGAGUAGGGAAUACGAAAGCUCCGGGCCUAGACGGAAUCCCAAAUAUUGCACUAAAAGCUGCCAUUAAAGCAGCGCCUGCAAUAUUCCUUGACGUUUAUAACAAGUGCCUCGCAGAAGGUACGUUCCCAUCGAUGUGGAAACAGCAGAGAUUAGUUCUCCUCCCCAUAGGAAAGAAACCUCCGGAAGAACCAACAUCCUAUCGUCCGCUCUGCAAGUUGGAUACAGCUGGCAAAAUACUCGAACGCAUAUUACACAGAAGGAUAGAAGCAGCAGCCCAACCGCUUCUUUCCAGCAGCCAAUACGGCUUUCGAAAAGGACGCUCUACCUUGGAUGCAAUUAGCAUUGUCGUCAAUACAGCUAAGGACGCAAUCGCCGGAACCAGAUGGAAGGGAGGUACGAAGAAGUACUGCCUGGUAGCAACGUUAGAUAUAAAAAAUGCCUUCAAUUCCGCCAAAUGGGAUUGCAUUAUGAAAGCUCUUUACGAAAUGAAGGUACCAGGAUACUUACGAAUGAUGGUUGCAAGCUACUUUUCUGACAGGAUCCUAAAAUAUGACACAAAGACUGGUCCGAAAACAUUCAAAGUCACUGGAGGAGUACCCCAAGGCUCAGUUCUAGGCCCACUUUUGUGGAAUAUCAUGUAUGACGUAUUAUUAAAACUAGAACUUCCAAAAGAAGUCAAGUCGUAG